AAUGGUCUAGGUAAAAGAGUUGAUAGCCAUAUUUUUGUUUCUGUAAUGAAUUUGUUAUUUAGUUUAUUAGAUUAGGUUUAGCAGGCAGUCGGUGUUUUUGAGUGUGUUUGUUUCAACCCGUUCGCCAGGAAAUCGUCACUGUUUUUUCCCGCCGCUCUAUCUAUUAGAAUGUCGCGUCGCUAUGCUUUCCGUGGUGCGGACUUGCGCGGUUUAUCGUCUUUCGGUGCUAUAGACAAGAAUGUUCAAAUCCACCUGAAGAACGUUUACUCUACGCUGUGUAUCGGGUUCAUCUCUGCCUUCGUCGCCGCCUACGCCUACCAAGUAGUUAACAUAUUGCAGAGUUGGGCUACAUUGGUGUCAGUGCUGUCGUUCUUCAUCACUCUCGCUUCUGCGCUAUAUAUCUACUUCACACCGCAUUCUAGUAGGACUCUGGUGACCCGAACAUGCGCAUUCGUUCUUUUCGCCUUCAGUACAGGUCUGGGUCUGGGCCCGUUACUUCAUUUGCUCUCAAUCAUCGAUCCCCAAACGAUUCCAACAGCUCUACUGGGCACUGCUAUUAUCUUCGCUUCUUUCUCCCUCACUGCUAUACUGACUCGCAAACGCUACUUUCUGUUUUUGGGCGCCGUGCUGAUGUCUGCCACUAGUAUGCUUGCCAGUUUCAAUUUCAUGAACUUGUUCCUCCGUUCACCGGCAAUUUACCAAGCCGAGCUAUACAUUGGAUUCGCCAUUUUCUGCGGCUUUGUGGUGUUCGAUACACAACUGAUCAUCGAGAAACGAAAAUCCGGGGAUACCGAUUUUGUCUGGUAUGUCUUUUCACCCGUUUCGAACUUUAACGUCCUCACCUUGUUGCUAACUUGCAUACUUCUCAUCUGUUUGGCUUAUUAUGUUUAAAUACAAUAUACCCAUUAGUGCCACCUAGCUAAUCUGCUACUCCCUGCUUAUCCGCAGUACAUUACUUUGCAUCUUUGAUUUAAGCACAGAACUGGGCAAUUCGGCUUCGGCCGUCCUAUCACCAGUCUACAUGUUAUCGAUUGUUGCUUAGCAAUUGCUAAUUUCGCUUGUGGAAAAUAGACUGAACAAUUCCAAUACCAGUACUACAGGUUACUGCAAAUCCUUGCGAUGUUAGUAACUACGUUCCUCUCGGUUUGAGAACCCAUUCGUAACUCACGUACCAAGGCGGUUGCUAUGUAGUGUGAGUUCUCACCACGUAUUCGUGCUGAUCAAACAGUACCUUAUGCAGGCUAGAUUUCCUACUCACUUAUGUGUUCUUAAUCGACGGUUUUCAGUUCGGCCGUAUUUCUAGUUUAUUCAUGUUGAGGCGUACCAUAUUGUGUCCUACGCGUUUCGUUCCAGUUGAAGUUAUCUUCCAUCCACAUAGGCGUUGAUCAGAGAUGAAUUGUUUGUGGUUGCUGCGGAUUCGUUUCGCUAUAUUCGUAUCGUUUGUCCCACACUGUUUGUGCUUCCAGUUUUUUGAUAUAUACCGUUUAAAGAGUGGCUGUUUUGUAGGGAUUUUUGAUAUAUCCCUCUUACAUGAUGAUCCGAUCCAACUGUCCUCUUUUGCGCCGUACUUUCUGUCUACAGUGUCUUCAAACAAAAUCGUGUUGAUGCGCAUUAGCACACAAUAAUACAUACGGUUGUCUUCUGAGUAUCUGAGUUCGAUUCCCCACUUCGAGCUAGUCCAUACGCAUGUUCUAUGGCACUUCGGGCGACUUCUUGAUGCUUCGGAUAUGAUUGAUGAAUCUGAAUUUCUUGCCAGCUGGCGUUGGUAGCUCUGCGACCACCGCUUUAGUCACCAAUACGUCCAGAGAAUGUUUGCUUUCCAUUUCUUGUUUCAUUAUGAGAUGCACCUUGCUCGCUGUUUCUUGUCACAUACUGACGAUCUCGCUACCGCCAGUGAUUAACUGUCCGAAACCGGACCGCCAAAUUCAGCGAACAUAGCACAACACUUGAAAUUGUAGAAGCUGCAUAGCGGUGUUGGUUUGAAGUGCUUGCUUGGGUAAUGAAUUCCAGAGUGCUGCUAAAUUUAAGCGGCUGCCUUCGCUGAUGCAUAUUUUCCGAUUUCAAAACCAUAUGCGAGAAUUUUCGAGGCUGGGAAUCGUUUGAAACUGCAUAUGCUAGUGAACGUUCGUUACUUUCGUAGUGGGAAAUUUUUACAUACCGAACUGCCUCCCUGCAUGUGGUUUAGCACUUGGGUCACUGUUUUGAUGGAGAACAAUGUUCGUGAUUGCGCUUUCAGUGUAGCUGAUAUAGAUGAGAUCGCGUGAUGUAACUGAAAUUCCAAGAGGACUUUUUACAAGCUAUUUCGCACCAACUGAUGCAUAAGUCAAAUAAGAGGUGCUACAAUGCUGUUAUUUGCUUGAAAUUGAAAUAAUGCCUUACUUCCAUAUGGCUGAUAUUAGCUAUCAUGAGUGGGCUGUGUGCUAUCUUAUGUCGAAUAAAGGCUCAUUCUGGCGUUUACUGGUUGCAUUCUGUUUGAUUUCACGAACAAAGGCGUUCUCUCUCUAAAUCAAUUUUGUAGAUCAACGACGACGGGUUGAUCGGUAGUUCAUACAAUAACACUUCGGUGGUUGCAAUCAAGUGUGUCGGAUUUCGUAAACAGCCUCGCCCUACCGUUAUGAGACUUGUGAUCGUUUUUUUUCCUGUAACUGGAGUCACGUAAACUCGAAGACUGUCGACUGCCCUAGAUUUCACCAAUAAUAUAUCACGUUGAUUGUGUUUAAUAUAUUCAACCUGUUCAUUCCACCACUUGUAUGUAAACAUCUGAGGAGGAUACGCGAAAUAGCCGAAUUCAUUGCAGUUGGUGUUAUCUCUCGUCAUAUUUGUUCUGACCGUUUGAAUAAUCGCCAAAGUACAGUUUACCUUUGAACGCUACACUUUUCCUAGCAAUGGAACCGUUACGGACAAUCAAUACAUAAAAGUCGUUGGACAUGUGCUUCUUUCAGUUAGCAGGUUUGACAGAUUGCAUUAAUACCUCGCAUACUACUCGAUUUCACACCGUGAUCGAUUCUACACACGGAUGUUUAUUGGCUGCUCUAAGUCAACCGAUCGUUAACAAGCUGCUCUCAUGUAGAGUGCGGAACUUUCCAAGAAACCUAAACUCCAAAUCGAUUCAACUUUUGAUUAUCGUGACUCGCGAUAGCUAGUUCAGUGCACGUCUGAUGUGUUUUCUCAUCCAACUACAUACAGCAUAUUGUGCUCUAUGCUUUGUUGCGUUGUGGUAUGUGACCCACAACGCAACGAAUCGAAAUCAUCGUUACACCCAUGUUUCCAUCUAAGCACGAUCAUGGAAUAACUAGCUCUUCGUAUGCACCGCAAGUCAGCUUCGACCAGUCAGCCACCGUGUGUUUAAUCGCCAUAUCUGCAACUAUUUGUCACGAUUUCUGCGACACAAUGACACUUGUUAAGAACAGCUUCAUC